AUGCCGUCAUUUGCUUGGCCUAACCCUAACACGUUGAAGCUCUUCGAUCUUGAGUUCCUAAACCAGAGUUUCGGCAAGAGAGACUUUGUUGGGUUGGUGACCAAGAACUCUGGGAUUAAUGGGGUUUUCGUGAUUCCCAAUAUCGGUAACAUGAUCGGUCAAGUCGGGGCGGAUUCGGGGCUUGCUUGA